GAACAGCCGUGGUCCACCACGAGCGGAGCAAAGUAAGUCAAUGCUGGGCACGAAAUUUGCAAGGUCGCGACGCAGAGCGAGUUGAGAUCGCGAGCAUCUGCCGGCCUUGCGAUAGGCCGAAGUACAAGGCUAUGGUUGGUAGCCCCAUAUCGUAUAUAUGUAGGUCUUGUCGUCGAAGUGCUCUGCCAAUAUUCUGCUUCGAUCGAGUGAACACCUACCAAAGAUGCCUUCGACAUACGUUCCACAUCCGGAAUACCACUAUGAUCGUGACUUCUGCGGAUAUGGUGAGGAAGGCCUUCCUCAGUUGAAGUGGCCGAACGGGGCAAAGAUCGCUGUAUCGUUCGUGAUCAAUUAUGAAGAGGGUGGCGAGCGAUCCGUGUUGGCUGGCGAUGGACAGUCCGAACAGAAUCUCCGUGAGAACCCGACAGGCCCACCGCGAGUCAACGAGCGCAACUACAACGUCGAGUCGGAGUUUGAGUAUGGCAGCCGUGCCGGAUUCUGGAGACUGUUCCGCCUGUUUAACAAGUACAAGAUGAAGUUUACCCUGUACGCAGUGGCACAAGCCGUUGAGCAGCAACCGGAAGUUGCGAAACGUUGUGUGGACAUGGGCCACGAUGUUGCUUCCCAUGCUUAUCGAUGGGUCGAAUAUCACGAUUUCAGCAUCGAGAAGGAAAGGGAGUUCAUCAAGAAAUGCAUCGAAUCCCUGAAAAAACUCACCGGCUAUGCUCCAAAAGGAUGGUACUACGGCCGAAACUCGCCUCACUCGCGAACGCUCGUCCCGCAGGUCUACGAGGAGAUGGGAGAAGACCUCCGGUGGAUGUCCGACACAUAUGCCGAUGAUGUACCGUACUGGAUUGAUCUGCCGUACGAGAAGGACAAGUCCGAUGCAAAGGGCUGCCUCAUGGUCCCUUAUAGCUACGACUGCAACGAUUUCAAGUUCCACGUGGUCGGAUCUGGUUUUAGAGGCCCAGAGUCAUUCUUUGCGCACAUGAAGAAUGCAUUCGAUGUGCUGUACGAAGCAGAGGGUGAAGAAGGUCAUCCAAAGAUGAUGACGAUUGGUCUGCACAAUCGCAUCAUUGGCAGGCCUGGACGCUUUAAGGCUCUCCAGGAUUUUGUUGAUUAUAUUUCGAAGAAAGAAGGCGUCUGGGUGGCCACAAGAACCGAGAUUGCUGAGUCCUUCAGGGAGCAGUUCCCAUAUCAGAAAGGACUUUUGGCGAAGGCGAAGUGA